AUGGAUUCCGAAAGUCUUUUCAAUGUCAAGGGCAAAGUAGUGCUGGUCACUGGCGGUGCUAAGGGAAUUGGGCGAAUGAUUUCUCAAGGAUUCGUAACCAACGGCGCGACUGUGUACAUCUCCUCGCGCGAUGCAAAGGCCUGCGAUCAGGCUGUGAAUGAGCUUAAUGCGCUAGGGAAGGGCAAGGCGCAUGCUAUUCCCGCCGACUUCUACAAGUAUGAAGAUGUGAAGAAGCUGGCCGAGGAACUGGGCAAACGUGAAAGCAAGCUGCAUAUCCUAGUUAACAACUCCGGUUCGAACUGGGGCGCCCCCUACGACGAGUAUCCCACCGAGGCUUUCACCCGCGUCCUCACACUCAACCUACACCGUGUCUUCGAUCUCACGCAGCUUGUGACUCCAUUGUUGGAGAAGGCGGCUGCGGAGAAUGACCCGGCACGUAUUAUCAACAUUGGAAGUGUGGAUGGUCUCCGUGUCCCUUCGCUGGAAACAUUUGCCUAUAGUUCCAGUAAAGCAGGCCUCCAUCACCUUUCCCGGGUACUCGCAAAUCACCUGGGCAAGCGAAACAUCACAUCGAACACCUUGGCCUGCGGCCCCUUUGAGAGUAAAAUGAUGGCAGCGACACUGAAGACUUUCGGUGAAGCCAUCAAGUCUGGGAUCCCGCUAGGCCGAAUUGGUACACCCCAAGAUGUGGCAGGUGCUUGCUUGUUCUUGAGUAGCCGGGCAGGUGCGUAUGUGAACGGUGCAACCAUCCCGGUGGACGGGGGUAGUGUUAUCGCUGCCAAGAUUUAA